CUUCGCAACUUUGCCUCUCCACCGCGACGAACGCAGUUCUCGCUUCUCCACUCCCGACGCGAAUACACAAACUUUCGAGUGUUUGACUUGAGCGAAAUUUAAUAUAACUUCGUCGGACGAGCUCGGGAAGUGAGAUGAAGGAAAGUAAUAAAACAAAUAAAUAUUUUGUUAAUUAAAACACCAGUCGAAAGUGCAAAGCUUGUUCUGUGUUUGAAGAGGAUGUAAAUAGCGGAUGGUGAUGUUUGGAAAAGAUUACAGCAAAAGAUAUCAAAUUCGGCUGGACACUUGAUGACCAGUGAUGUUACAAAGACAGUGAUUCCGUCGAGUCACCAUGCGGAGCUUGCAGUCAACGGGCAGUAGAUGGCAGCACAGGCAGGCACGCUGAGAGAUGGCGAAGCAUACACGAGGCGGCCGACCCCUCGCGCGCCUUCUUGUAUUAGCCAUUUUGCAAGUUAAUUUUAUAGCUCUAGGUCUGGAACCGGACUUCAUGUUCCCCCUGGAGAACGUGACGAUCGCGCAGGGAAGGGACGCGAUGUUCACCUGCGUCGUGAAUAACCUGGGUGGUUAUAGGGUCGCAUGGAUAAAGGCGGACACGAAGGCGAUUCUAGCAAUUCACGAGCAUGUGAUUACAAACAAUGCACGACUGAGUGUCACACAUAAUGAUUAUAAUACGUGGACACUCAAUAUUAGAGGCGUAAAACGAGAAGACAGAGGACAAUAUAUGUGCCAAGUUAACACGGACCCCAUGAAAAUGCAGACAGCAUUUUUGGAGGUGGUAAUACCACCGGAUAUAAUCUACGAAGAGACGUCGGGAGACAUGAUGGUGCCCGAAGGCGGAUCGGCGAAGCUGGUCUGCAAGGCACGGGGCUUCCCGCCGCCGAAGAUCCUUUGGCGCAGGGAGGAUGGUGGAGACAUCAUUUCUAGAGGAGGACCACAGGGGAAAACAAAAGUGACAUCCCUAGAGGGCGACGUAGUGAACCUGACAAAGGUGACGCGCUCCGAAAUGGGCGCGUAUCUCUGCAUAGCGGCCAACGGCGUACCGCCCUCCGUGAGCAAGCGGAUAAUGCUACAUGUACAUUUUCACCCGCUGGUGCAAGUGCCAAACCAGUUGGUCGGAGCGCCGACCGGCACAGACGUCACUCUUCAGUGCCACGUCGAAGCGUCUCCUAAGGCCAUCAACUAUUGGACCAGAGAGAACGGUGAAAUGAUAAUAACAAACGACAAGUACCAAAUGAGCGAGAUCAACAGCUCGGCGUACAGCGUGCAGAUGCGGCUGAUCAUAAAGAACAUCCACCGCAGCGACCUCGGCGGAUAUAAGUGUAUCUCGAAAAAUUCCAUAGGGGACGCCGAGGGCAACAUCAGGUUAUAUGAAAUGGAGUUACCCCACCACAAGUCCCACGACGACGAGGAAGAGGUCAAGGAGGAAACAAACGACGUUCACUCCAGCCUGCAAGGGUCGCGCUGGGAAGGCGGGCCGCGGACGCAGGACGCCGGCUUCUUGGGACGCCCGCCCCCCGGCGCGGCGGCCCGAUCCUCCUGCGCUACCUUUUUAAUAUCAACCCUAGUUUAUGUCGCGUGGUAAACUUCCGCGGUAAAGCCAUGUGCAAAGUUAAGGAACGGUUGUCUAUACAAGAGUUGUUGUCCUUGUUUUCCUCCAAGAAUAUUAGCAUUUUCUAAAAUGGUUUAUCUAGUUUGAUGUACCUAUGUUAACCUUAUCUAUAAUCUUGCGAUCGGCUUUUUUGAUAAUUAUACUACUGCAAUAUUUGGAACCGA